AUGCGCCAAGAGAACAAGGCUCACCGCGCAUCUAGUACAGCAAAGAGUAAGGGAAAGGUUCCUGCCAAAGUUCGAGGGGCUUCAGUGAAAAAGACCGACGGAAAAAGCAUUCGCCGGAAACUGUCGAAAGAGGAGGCUAGGCUUCGCCAGCAAUCUCAGAAUAAGGCUAAAAACCUAACGAAAAGCAUGCCGAAGUAUAUUGCGCUCCUAGCUCUCAGUGCUGGCAUUGAUGCUCGCAUUGUCUGGGAACAGCUUUCCACAGCCACUAAGUGUGUCAAGGUCCGACUUCCAGAUAUAGCCACACAGUCUGCUGUCCAUGUGUUUCAAGGUCAGGGCUAUAUCCCAAUUUUUCCUGACAUGCCUCACACCGAACUAGGCCUCAUGGAUUGCAUGGACUCUUUAAUGCAUGCAGACUUUUUCGUUUUCAUUGUUCAUGCAGAAGGGGUGAGCGAUAUGGGCCGUUUAGUCAUACAAGCGGCCCAUGCACUCCAUUUCAAUCAACCUCAGGUUGUUCUAGGUCUCAGCACAAGUACAGCUGUAUCUCACGCCCUUGACAAAGCAUUUACAGCAACAUUUGAAAUAUUGGGGUGUAAUACCGAAACCUUCACAGAUCUAGGGAUGCGGCCUGUGAGUGGUAACGCUCCACCUUUAUCUGGAAUAUCAAAUCGACAGAAAAAAUUCAUCAGGGAGCUUUUCCAUCCAGAUGCACAUGUGAUUGCGCCGUAUGACGUUUCACGACACGGUGAUUCACUGAUGCGAUACCUUAGCAACACCGUCGUCUCUGUCGAGCAAACCCGACCUGGAUGGAUAAGCAAGCGCCCGGUUGUUCCAAUAAUUGGAUAUGAGUUCAAGGAGAUAGACUCAGAGACACAGGCUGUCCGGUUCGAUGUAGUAGGAUGGCUCUCUGGUCAACUCCCACUUACUGCAAACCAAAAUGCUUAUUUACAAUCGGUCGGGGCAUGCAAGAUUCUCAAUAUCGAUACAAUAAACGUUCUAAAUCCUGCAUUCCUUUGUGACGAUAAGUAUGCUAUCUACGUUCGAUCAUUUCAGCACUUACAAACAAGAAGCAAGGAUGCUGAGGGUUGUGAGCAAAGGAGUGGAGUAGCAGCGAAGGAAACGGUUAUACAGACCAUAAUGGAGGCCAUGCGUGCAGAAGAGGCGUCUGAUAGCUGUGAUACAUUUGACGCGACUGUUCAAGCGCUUGCCAAUCAAGAGGAAACCGACACAGUCGAUGAAGAGAAGAUUCAGAUGGGCAGUGACUAUGAUAGGAAGCUUCAAUAUCAAAGUGACGAGCCUUGGGAGUAUCCUGACGAGUUGGACAUCCACCCUGCAUUCGAACUCCGGACGCUUCUUAAGGGCUGGCGAGGUCUCAAGAGCAUGAGGACUUCGCCCUGGAGGAUUGCAAGUGAGGAGGUUCCUGAUGGCUUUGAGGGUCUACACCACAUUCAUCAACCGGUACAGUUUUACGACUAUGUAAGAAAACAACAAAUUAUGGGUGGACUUACAGCACCUGGGAAUUUUCUUCGCAUAACAUUGGAGUUUAUUUCAUCCAGUCAUAGCCACCUUAUUUCUGCAGGAAUUUCAGAUGAAUUUGCACCAAAUCUUGAGGAUAUAUACAGUCAGUAUAGAGAGUUUCUGAAUACAUUGAUGGAAAAUGUUACUAGAAACAAGACCGUUGGUCUAUGCGGCCUUUACUCCUGCGAAAACAAGGACUCAAUAGCUCAUGCUACAAUGAGUCUCUACGGUCUUCCUAGUACGUUUGGUGUUCCAGAUGCUCCACCAAUCAAACCGGGAGAAGAACAACCCCUCACACAUGAGCAUCCGUUUAUCUUAUAUGUUGGAUUUCGCAGGCUCUACACUGUUCCCCUCCCGAGCCAACCUCUUACACCGACGCGGAGCAAGUUGCAGCGCUAUUACCAUGGUCAGGAGUCGAGCAUCACCCUUUCUUUCGUGUGCCCCAUGUUCGUAGAAUAUCAAAACCUACCCCCAGUUCUUGCUUUUAUCAAUAAGAGUAUCUCACCCGGAUACUGUAGCAUCAAGGAAGACUUUAAGUUUUGUGGCUCUGGCAAGCUCACAAGCCUUGACACCUCCUUCAUUACGUUGCAGCGGAUAGUCCUCGCUGGAACGCCCUUUCAUAUAUCGAAGCAUCGUGUUGUUGUAAGACACAUGUUCUUUUAUCCUGAGGAUGUUAAGUACUUUGCUCCAGUAGAUCUUUAUACCGAAAGCAAUGUUCGGGGCCGUAUUACGCAAUCCAUUGGGAUGAAGGGAUACUUCAAAGCAUUCUUUGAUGGGAAGGUUGAUCACAGCAUGGCUAUCAAACUGGCUGUCUACCGGCAGGCGUUCCCGACGCUUGUCAGCCUGCGCUUCGACGCGGGCGACAUGCUCCUCUUCGAGCCUGUGGCGGAGUUCUUCGUGAGGAGGAUCGCGGCGACGCAGGAGGAGCUCGCUCGCCUCGCCGCGGCCCCAGGUGGGGACGAGUGA